AUUUUACCCUGUGAGGGUGGUGAGGUUGCCCAGAGAAGCUGGGAAGUGGCUGGAAACGUCUGAGGAUGGGGCUUGGAGCAACCUGGGGUCAGGUGAAAGGUGGGGAAAGGUGGGGAAAGGUGUCCCUGCAUCAGGAGAUAAUUUUUAAAUCCCUUCUAAGCCGAACCAUUCUGUGAUUCUGCAACUCUACGAUUCCCCGGCUUUUAAAGAGCUUUUUUUUUUUUUUUUUUUUUUUUUAAGGCAACACCCAUUUCCUGUUGCACGGCGGCCGGGAGAGCUCCUGGAAUCCCGGAAUCCUCGAAUCCCGGAAUCCCCGAAUCCCCGAAUCCCCGAAUCCCGGAAUCCCCGAAUCCCGGAAUCCCCGAAUCCCCGAAUCCGCGCAUCGCUCCCGCAUCCCUCCCGCGCCGCUCCCGCUCCGGGGAUGCUGCCGCUCGCCCUUCCCGGGCUCCAUUCCCCCUCUCCGCUGCCCAGGGGCCCCGGGCGAUGCUCUCAGCUCCCCGACGCCACCAGCAGCGGCCGCUGAGCGGGUGUCGCGUCACGAAGCGGCGCCGCUCCCGUCCGGGGCCAUGGGGCCGCCGCCCCGCCGCGUCCUGCUGCUCGGGGAGGGCAACUUCUCCUUCUCGGCGGCGCUGUGCGGGGCCCAGGGCACGGGGCACCUGGUGGCCACUUGCUACGAGAGCGAGGAGGAGGCGGCCGGGCGCGGGGGAGCGGCGCGGAGCAUCGGGCGGCUGCGGGACCGCGGAGCCGAGGUUGUGUUCUCCGUGGACUGCACCAAGCUGAAGGAACACUUUUUACCGGGAGAACGGGAAUUUGAUCGGAUUUAUUUCAACUUCCCUCACUGCGGGAGGAAAGCCGGGGUGGCGAAGAACAGGCAGCUCCUCGCCGGGUUUUUCCACAGCUGCACAGAAGUGCUGGCACAGGAGGGGGAAAUCCACGUGGCCCUGUGCAAUGGCCAGGGAGGGACCCCUGCGGAUCAGCCCAGAAGGGAGUGGCACAACAGUUGGCAAAUCGUGGCUGUGGCAGCAGCCGCUGGGUUCGUCCUCAGCCACGUUCAUCCUUUCCAGGCAGAGACUGUCGAUGGAUACAAAUGCACGGGUUACAGGAGUCAGGAUAAAUCCUUCUGUGUAGAGGGGGCUUUGAACCACAUUUUCACACGGAGCACAGCACCCCUGUGCUUCACACCCAUGAGCUGCAAGACACAACUGGGAAGCCAAAAAGUUUCUUUUCAAGUGCCACAAGAACUCGUGGAUAAAAUUAACAGGGGUUUCCUCGAGGCCAAUUCAAGUCACCCAGUAAGGACAAUAAAGGAGAAGCUCAGUGCAGGGCUCAGCCAAGCUUUCCCACUGCAGAACAUCAGCUCCAGCCUUCCUCUGCUCCUCCAGGGUCACCCCCGUGGUGUUUGCCCCUCCAGCAUCUUCUGGAUCACUCUGGGCCCAGGGGAGGCUCCAAGCACUGAGGAAAUGUCUCAGGGACUGGCAAACACAGUUUUGUUUCCCCAUUCUGGCCAGGACACAGAUGAGAGUGUACAAGGAGGGUGCCCAGUUCCAAAGCAGUUUUACCUUAGGCCUUCCCUCCUGCCUCAUGCUCAGGCAAUAAUUAAAGAAAGAACUUUUUCCCCAGGCACACUUCAGGUUCUUUCUGGGCCGGUUUUUAGGAAAUGUCGGAUCACUCCCCACUCCAUGCCAGUUUUCCAUGAGAUGCUCGUUGUGCUUGCAGUUAGCAGGGGCACAGAGAACAGCUGUAUCCAGAUGUUGGUGGACAACAUCCAAACCACCAUGAGUUCUCUUCACCAGGGCGUUCCUGGCAUCAAACCCAGCAUCAGCCUGCAGGAAACAACAAGUUUGGGAACUGAGCUAAAUGACUUUGCUGCUUUUGAGCAGCAGCUUGGUGAAAUUGAGGGUUUGCUCUGCGUGGGGACAGAGGCAGACCCCUCAGGCUGCUGUGUGGGGGUUGUCAGGACAGCUCCUGGUGAAUCCCCCAGCCAUGAGCUGGCUGUUGUGUCAGCCUCGCUGAACCUGGACCUCCUGGCCAUGCUGCUGUGUGCAAUAUCCGACUGGAGGAUGCUCUGGACACGGGACAGGCGCUUCCUCAGGCAGUUUCCUCAGGGGGAGUUGAGGCUUUUCAAGAGUUUUUCCCUCUAUCCACCUUCCUACGUGCACGAUGUCAGCUUCUGGCUUCCUGACGGGGAGGAGUUUGACGAAGUGGCUUUUCACACCCUCGCCAGGAGGGUGUCAGCUGAAAUGGUCGUUUCCAUCCAGCUGAGGGACAGUUUCCAGCAGCCAGGGACAGGGCGGAGGAGCCUGUGCUACAGGGUGACUUUCCAGUCGUGCGACAGAGCGCUGGGCUGCCGGGAGGCAGCAGAGAUGCAGCUGCGAUUGCGGGAGGAGCUACAGCAGCACCUGGGUGUGACCCUGAGGUAGAACCAUCCCCCGUGGCUCCGGGGCUGCAGCAGCUGCUGUGCCAGUCUGUGACCUGGGAAAUGCCACCUGCGUGGGGUUGGGGCUGGCAGUGUCACAGGGGCAGGGUGGGCUUUGAGCACCUGCCCCUGUUUCAGUGUGGGAGUUUCUGUGGGUGAUCACUGCUGGUGAAUUUCUGUUAGCCAAGCGCUCACCUGUUCUGUGUUUAUAAUGAAACCUCGUUUUAUGAAGUGGAGCCUUUCUUUCCGAG